UACCACUGGGGAGAGGGGAAGGCCGGGAACCAGUAGAACGUUAUUCUGUAUAAGGGCACACGUUAAAGUACGUCCUCUCCCCAGGGAUCUGCUCAUGAAUGGAACGAUCCGUAUUCAGCGCCCCUGAGAGGAUUCAGGGAUAUGAACCGGCAUCAGAUGUCAGACCUUCCCCCCCUUCCCCGGCCCGGAAUGGUAGUGUCGGAUUCGCGAACUGUCACGCGGGGGGAGACUCUGAAACUGGACAGUACCAUGGAAGAGGGAGAUGAGUGCGAGCCAACGGCAUUACCUCUCUGCCUCAGCUCUAGUCCCUUGUCCCCCUCCUCCCCGACCCAGUGGGAGCGGUCGCUGCCUUCGGAGUGCGGAGGAGAAUGGUUUGCGCCGCAGGGUUGCCAUGGUGACAGGGACGCCUAGCGAGGCCAGGUAUAAUGAGCCCUCGCUGGAGGCUUCUCCCGCAAGCGCUCAGGGGGAGAAUCAUCCUCCAAUGACCUUCUCCCACUCAUCUGAACCCCACAAAUCUCCUGAUCUUUCCACAUGAGGUGCAGUGUCCUUACUGCCUGUGGCAAUGAAGAAUUAUCAGGAGGGAUCUCAUUAUGAACCCACAAAAUCCAGCAAUGUUUGUCAAAGGGCAUUUGGUUUUGAAGGCAGUAAAGUGGGAGAGAGGGAGAAGAAAAGAAGAGGUUCUAUCAAAAUAUUUUUGUAAUGGAAAUGUUUUGUCCCCACUUUGCUAGAAAUUAGUUUAUAUUUUGCACUGGAAACAUGGCAGCCUUACGUACUUCACCGAUGAACCCAUUCCAAGAAUUUAUGGGGGUAUUGCCCCUGCAACAAGCAAAGGAGACUGAGAAGUUGGACAUGCAGCAGAGCCUAAAUGAGAAACCUUCAUUUUGCCCAAUUGGCAGUAUGCAGAAAGUUAACCAGAAAAUCGCACAUUUGCAACUGGAGCUGGAAAAAUUCCACACUGAUGACCUGCGGCAAAAGCUUAGAGUCAGCCCUGGAAGCAGCAGCAAGUUGUGUGCAGGCGGUGCUCUGGGGCCACUGCUGUUCGAGCCACGGAGGAGCAGUGCCCGCACCUUGUGGCUGGGCCGGGCAGGCUUCGAGCAGGUGAUUGAGGACUUGGAAUCAUUAAAGAGAUACUCUGGACAGAAGAGAUUCAGAAGAGAGAAAAAGCACUUCAAGACAUCCAAGGACAGAGGCACACACAGAGAUAGGAAGGAGAUAUGCCACUUUACACAGAAGUAUGAGCACUCUAUGCAUGCGUCAGACUUUGACCCACUCUCUCAGCCUAAGCUCACCUACAAGAAGCCUCAGAAUACAUCAGAAAAGAACAAGUUGGUGGAACUGUAUCAAUACCCAGGGUACGAUGAGCAUGAGCCAACACCGCUGCCUAAUGAGACAGAGCUGGCUGAAGUCAUAGAGAAGGUGGUGUGUGCCCAGAGAAAGUCAGCAAGUGGGAAGACUCCUUUUCCUUCAAAGAUGCUGCAGAAGUUUCUCACAACUCCAGUCUCCCAGGCUAUCCUAUUGGACAGCUUCUGGUGGUUUUUUCUCCACUUAUAUCAGGUUUUCCCUUCAUUGCUGAGCCAAACCUUGUACACCUGCUUCUGCUCCAGCUUUCCAAGAUCUUGGUUCAAUACACAUGAGUUCAAGUCCCAGCUCUGCAAUGUGCUGUCAGAGUGGAUGGCAGGGACACUGCCUGUCCCAGGCAGCUACAGUAACUGGGACUACUCCCAUCUGGAACCAGAGAGAUUUAGGAGGGAAGACUUGCUGUCAACAAAGGGAAAGCAGAGGAAAGAAUCCUCUGUCCCCUUUGCUUCCUCAAAGGCUUCUGGCAACCCAGAAAAGACUCCUCAGCCAUCCAUUCAACCAUACAAGAAAUCCAUGUCUUCGGGCCAAACUGUCAACAAGUACCAACCUGAUCAAACAAGUGUGGACAUCGACUCCAAGGAAGUUGUACAUGCAUCUAUGUCCUUGAAAGGCAUCAAUCCUCAUACCAUGCCACAUGAUCUGCAGCCCGAAAAGGAUGACCUGAAAAGUGCUUGGAAACAGCCCCAACACACAUUUGAAACAAGGCGGCUAAAGAUUGCCCCCCUUCAUAGAGAGUCACACCCAGCUUGUCAGGGCCCUGACUUCACUUGGCAUCUCUUUAACAUCAAUGGACACAGCCCACUAAUUCAGCACUUCCUCCAGAGCUAUAAUGUUGAACCACAGUCUGGACAAGACAUCUUGAUUCACAGGAGGGAGAUCUGCAAGCCUAUACCAUAUCCUUAUGAUCACCUCAGAAACAUUAGAGAUGGAAAAAUCUUGUUAGGUCACAUUCUAUCCAUUCCCCAAGAGUGCAGGAUUAUUUCUUACAGCAUAUUAUUGGAUUUUUUCUGUGUUCAGUAGUAAAUGUCUCAAGCUUUCAGGCUUUCCCUCCUUCCAUUGAGAAACUAUUCCACAAGCUAACAAACCUCAUACUUUGUGUUUCCUGAAAGCCAGCCUGAAUUAAUCACCACUCAUUUUCAUCCAAUUACUUCUAGUUCUGUCUUCUGACCAUCUCACACAAUUGUCUCCCUCUUUGUGUUUAUGCCCUUCAUAUUAUUGUAGAAGAGACUGCCAUCCCUCUCCUAUACCCCUAGACGUUGCUUAGCCAAGUUAUACAUAUUUAGUUAGUUUAAUCUCUCUUCAUAAACCAGCCGUAGCCCCUUUAUCACGUUUAUAAUGCCCUCUUAUACGCUUCAAUGAGGAAAACAGAGAAAGGUCAGAGUCUGCUUACUCUCCUUCCCCAGUCGGUGGAUUGCUGGCUUGGUCUGUGUGGCUGCAGAACUUUGUUCAGUUGCAGGACCAGACCUUAAGUUGAUUAUGGCUUCGAACUGCCAGAGACCAGAUUGAGGAAGAGGUGGUAUAAGAACACAUUUACAGAUUGGCUCCACACCAGUUGGCCGAUGUAUAACCAUACUGGUGGUAACCUUCAAGGGAAUUGCUUUGCAUUGAACAGAGACAGGAUGACAGGCUCUCACUAACAGAAUAGGAAGGUUAAGAAAAAAAUGUGGGAAGGAGCACCUGAAUAAAAUGGGAGAUAAAAUGCUGUCUAAAUUUAGAUUGGGGUUAAAAUGCAAAUAUUUUUCUACUGGGAGUUUGAGUGCUUAUAAAAAUUAAGGGCGCAAUGCCAGAAGGGAGUGUGACAGAUUUACGUUACCAAUCUGCCUGGGGCCCCAGUUGAUCAGGCUGGGGCUCCAGGAUCUUUUUGGGGAGGAGAUGAUGAGGCACACCAAGUGUCUAAAUUUUAAAGCUUUAUUGAUAAAAUAAUAAAAUAAUAGCAGAGAGGGCUGGGAACACUCCCAUGUCACUCGGGAUGAAAGAAACUAUUAAUGCCCCAAGCCCUAACCCACCUUCGGUCUCACACACGCACGACCCAGAUAGGCCAAGUCUGGGUGUAACGUCAGAAGAAGAGUUGGGGGGGGGGGGGGGAAAGUGGACGGGAGUGCUGUCCGGGCCCAGGCCAUCCAAGGAUCUGCUGUGCUCUCCGAGUUGCUUCAGCUCUCAGGAGGGUUUUUAAGUCCUGGGCUCCUUGAGGUGGGGGUUUUCAUUCAGGGCCCUCUGUUCCUGGUGCUCCUUGUACCAGUCCAAACAGGUUUGCUGUGGCCUCCCUGGUUUCCCGGCUCCGGAGACUGUUUUCCUUUCUGUUGGCCUUUGCUGUUGCCAUUUCGUUCACUCUCACUGUUCUCACUGUUAUCUCUGCAGCUCUGUGUCUCAACUUAGUUCUCUUCUCAUGGCUGGUUGGGGUGGUUGGACUUCCCUCUUUCUGUGUUGGCAGGUAGCAGCUGGCCUUGGGCUAGAGUUAGCUUCUUAUCUUCAGACUGAACUUGAUAGAUGCAGUGUUGAAUUAACCCAUUCUCUGCUUUCUUCUUUCGCUCCCCUCCUUGACCUCUCGUACCUGCAAAGGAAACUUCCACUCCCCACUCACACACCUUUGACCCUCCCCAAAAUGCUUUGUGAUGCUAGCAACAGCAUUAGCAAUACACAAUGCUGAUCUGCCUUCCCAAGGGAGAGGGCCUUGGGGUGUGACAGGAGGCUCAGCCUUUACCACUCUUGCUCCUUUGAUCCUAGCCAUGAAGAUCCCCUAUUCUAAUCCUAACUUCCCUGAUAUAAAGCUCUACCACUAUGCCACAAUCCUGACUGUAAAAGUCCUAUGCUAUUCCAGUCCUGAGCCCCCCGUCCCUGCUACAGCUCUACCAAUUCAUCUCAGUCCUAACUUAUGCAUCCCCUAUUGUUCCUCUCAUAUGUCCUUUAGCAAAAAAAAAACAAAGCAGACAAUAUUUUUUCUUUUACGUUUCAAACUAUUGAGUCCACUCCAACCUAUGCAGAUGUGAUCCGACAGAGUUUUAAU